UUGUAGAGAGAGAGAGAGAGAGUUUUAGAUCAAAGGGCGGGCACAGGAGAGGUGCCUACAACUUAUCAUCAUCAUCAUCAUCACUGCUGAAAAUGAUCAUGGCGAUUUGUUGAUUAUCAUCCCUUUCAAAAUCUUUCUCUCUUCUUCUUUGUUUUUUCUUUUUUUCCAGGAGAAAAAAACAAGGGGGAGAGAGUAGAGGUUCUCCUUCCAUACGUCCUUUUAGUCUGUAAUGGCUCUCUCUCCACCUGUAUCAAAGGUCGUCCUGGAUUCAUAAACCCUAAUAUUUUUUCUCUGGUAGGAGAGAAAACUAAACAAUAAUUAUCAAAAAAAAAAUUGACAAAAAAAUAGAGAUUCUGGAGGAACUCUCUGGAUUUUAGAAAUCAACAUUGCCUGUUUGAGAAAAUAAACGGGAAGGAGAAUGUCAGACUCAGACGUUUCACCAAGUUCUUCACCGCCAGCACCACCAUCCGAUUCAGCUUCCCCUCCGGAUUCUUCAUCAGAGAUCUCUGCUCCUCCGCCGACUGAUUCCACAUCUACUCCUUCCCCACCGGCUGACUCAUCAGAGCCACCACCUUCCGACUCAGAACAGUCACCUCCUCCUCCCGAUUCAAUAAUUCCUCCGCUACCUUGGAUCCUAUCUCCAUUAACAGACACUCCUCCUCCAGAUUCUAUUUCUCCGCCGUCAGACUCAAAGGAUUCUCAUCCGCCGCCAACGUCAACCAAACACCCUUCCCCUCCUGCCGAUGAUUCAGAAACACCACCAGCUCCUCCCAACGAAUCCGACAACCCACCUCCAUCUUCAGACGUCCAAUCUCCUCCUUCACCAUCAUCUUUUUCAACGAACCCGGAAACCCCGCUGGAGUCACAAGCUCCUUCUACUACUACUACUACACCAUUACAACCAACCAAUUCACCUCCAGCUCCACCAUCAGACCCAACCAAACCUCUUCUCAUCCAACCAUCAGCGCCAGCAAAUUCUCCUCCGGCGGUAGGCUCAUUUCUUGCACCACCCAAACCUAAUGGUGGUUCGGGUGGAGCCGUUGUUGUGUCGCCAUCUCUCACAGUCGCUGGCAAACAAACACCUCCAACAAACGGAGGCAAUGGUAUUAGCUCUCAGGGGAAGAUAAUGGUCGGUGUGGCUGUAGCCGGUGGUUUCGCCAUCAUGGCCCUUAUAGCCGUUGUGUUGUUACUGAGAAGAAAGAAAAAGAGAAACGUUGAUAGCUAUAGCCACUCACAGUACUUGCCACACCCUAACUUCUCCGUCAAAUCAGAUGGAUUUUCAUACGGACAAGACCCUAGUAAAGUAUACUCUGGUCCUGGUAGUGGUUCGAUGUAUAAUUCUCAGCAGCAACAUUCCUCUAUGGGAAACAGCUACGGGAGCCAAACCGGUCACCAAAUGCAAUCCAAUAGCAUGCCUGACUCUGCCAUCCUCGGAACUAACCAGACUCAUUUCAGCUAUCAAGAGCUUGCCGAGAUAACUCAAGGCUUUGCUAGACACAACGUUCUUGGAGAAGGUGGGUUCGGAUGCGUAUACAAAGGUACCUUACAUGAUGGUAAAGUCGUUGCGGUCAAGCAGCUUAAAGCUGGGAGUGGGCAAGGUGAUCGUGAAUUCACGGCAGAGGUUGAGAUCAUCAGCCGUGUUCAUCAUCGCCAUUUAGUAUCUCUGGUUGGUUACUGCAUUUCGGACCAGCAUAGGUUGCUAAUCUAUGAGUAUGUUGCGAAUCAAACGUUGGAGCACCAUUUGCAUGGACAGGGAAGGCCGGUUUUAGAAUGGUCGAAGAGAGUCAGGAUCGCUAUAGGUUCAGCUAAAGGGUUGGCGUAUCUGCAUGAAGACUGUCAUCCAAAGAUCAUUCACAGGGACAUCAAGUCAGCAAAUAUUCUACUGGAUGAUGAAUAUGAAGCUCAGGUUGCUGAUUUUGGACUUGCUAGACUCAAUGAUACAACACAAACUCACGUAUCAACUCGGGUCAUGGGGACCUUUGGGUACCUAGCACCAGAAUAUGCAUCAAGCGGAAAAUUGACUGAUAGAUCCGAUGUUUUCUCGUUCGGGGUUGUUCUGUUAGAGCUGGUAACGGGAAGAAAACCAGUUGACCAGAAUCAACCUCUAGGAGAAGAGAGUUUGGUCGAAUGGGCACGGCCGCUGCUUCUCAGAGCCAUUGAGACUGGAGAUUACAGCGAACUCAUUGAUAGACGGCUCGAGAAAAAUUAUGUGGAGCAUGAAGUCGUGAGAAUGAUUGAGACAGCAGCUGCAUGUGUUAGACAUUCUGGUCCAAAACGUCCACGCAUGGCUCAGGUUGUGAGAGCAUUGGACUGCGACGAGGACUCGGGAGAUAUUAGCAACGGGAUCAAAGUUGGGCAAAGCACAACUUAUGACUCAGGGCAAUACAACGAAGAGAUCAUGAAGUUCAGGAAAAUGGCGUUUGGUAUUGAUGAUAGCACAGAGUCAGGGAUGAACAGUGGAGGUUACUCUGGCAAAAGCUCCUCUGAUUUCUCAGGGAAUGAAUCCGAGACUCGACCUUUCAAUAACCGACAAUUCUGAUCAUACAAUAGGUGAAAGUAAAUACAUACAUCUGCCUCUUUUUCUUGAGCUCUGUAAAGCUAUGCUUAUCAUAUUAUUGAGUUGAGAUGCAUUUCUUGGUAGGUGCCUUUAGUUUUCUGUUUUCUAAUAGCUAAAUGCCCUGAAAAAACGGAACCAAGAAAAGUUGUGAAGAGUGAGGAGGAAUAGUGAAGAACUUUACCAAAAGUU